AUGUUGUAUAUACCAUCCAUCCGUAGAUGGAGCAGGAGAGGCAAGCCCGUUACGUACAGAAAGAAGUCUGCCACCACCAUAUACAGUGUCCAUGUCGCACCUCUUGAAGAUCGUAGUGCAUACAGAUUGAGCAGGAGGGGAGCAAGAGCGAUGCCUCAGUGUCGACGACCAAUCAUGAAUUUCCACUUUGCAAAGCCCAGAGAUGAACAGAGUCAAUCGCCCUUCUUUCGACUCCCACGGGAACUACACGCUGAAAUCAUCACCCUCUGUGUACCAACAUCUUGGCAACGAUUUCGCAAGCACCACCAAGACGAACACAAAAAGCCUUCGUGGCUCAUCAAAGCCGAACGGCGCCUGCCAGCCUUGUUCAGCACGUGCCAGGAAAUGUUAGCAAGGGCACCCAACAAGUGGACCAGACAAGUCAAGCUAUAUGAGAAUGCGAUUACCAUCAACGGUGAAGCCGAGACUCUUCCCAACAGACACGAUGACUACCAGAAUCUGUGA